GGCCUGUCCCUUGAAGAUACCGGCAUGAGCAACGAGGCCGACGUCUGGUCGCAUGGCGGUGAGGAUCAAGAUGAUGAGGACGAGGCAGCCGACGACGGCGAGGUGCAGAACGACGACGACGACGGUGGCUCCAACCUCUUUGACGCGUUCGAAGCCUUCCAUCUCCAAGCCUCCAAGCGCAUCGCCGUCUUGCUGCAGCUGAGCAACGACCAGAUCCACGCGGUGAGCGACGCUGCCCACCCGACGCCCUGCCUCACCAACGCCGACGACGACUGCUACCGACACUGGUCUGAAGGUGCGCCUUAUCUGCGCGUCACGGGUCGUGGCCUGUUGCACCCGCCGCUGGUGGGCGAGGAGCUACCGCAGUGCGUACCGCCUUUGGCCGUUGCCAAGAAGACGCAUCCGCCGCCCCGAGCCAUCUGCUUGGAAAUUACUGGCACCGCGGUACUGCUUGCCCCCAACCAAAGCUUUAGUCGCAUCAACGACGAGGAAGAAGAAGAAGUGCUUGCAAGCGAUGGUAUUCUGGACGAACCGCUCUAUGUGCAUCAACUACCCCAUACGAACGAGGCCAGCGACAUCUUUACCGAUCACGCGUCACCACGCGCAUCGCUCGUCCAGCAAAUGCACGAUGCAUUCUUAGAGCGUCUUUGGCUCCAGACGGCCAUCCAAUGUGACCCAAUUUUGCGCCAAGUGCUCCAGCCACUCGGCGAACCCGCCCUGCCGCCGCCACCGAGCCCGACGCCGAGCCCGACGCCGAGCCCGACGCCGAUGAGUGAUGACGUGGACGACCACGAAGCGUUUGAUCUGCACGGCAAUGUGCUCACGUCCGUGACGUGUCACUUGCCGUCGACGCCGCGCUUUGAGAUGCGACGGCACUACUCGCCGUCACGACCGCACGUGACAAUGCCACACUUUGAGCCUGUGCUCACGACAAGGCAAGCGAUCCCGUACCGGAUCAAACUGCGGUCCAAAGCCUGGCAUGCGAGUCUUGUGAAGCCGGUAGCAAGUCGCAAAAAACCACCACGGCCCAACCAAUCGUCGAGCGCGUUGACGAUACUUCCCAAGAUCCCCCCGCGGAGCUAAUGCCCUGGAUAGCUCCAAUCGAAACGUAAACUCUCCGACUCAGUACGACGAGAGCUAUCUUUCAGUACGACUUAUCUUAGCUGCUUCUAUAUAAGAAUAUCACCAUAGUCGAAAUUCUGAUGCGA